AUGAGCGCCGACUCGCCGGAGCUGGCUUCUGGCCUGCCCAAGACCGCCCACGAUGCCCUGUACUCCAUGUAUGCGACGGGUCUCGCCGACAAAAUCAAAGUCAUAGAGAAGAACCUCGACCCGUUAGUACCGAACGAUAAGCCAUAUGUGAUUCGAUUAGACGGCGUGGCUUUCAGCACCUUCACGAAGGGCAUUGUCAAGCCAUUUGACGUGCGCCUCACUGAAGCCAUGGUCAACACGACCGUGGAUCUUGUUCAACGGUUCAACCCCGUGCUGGGGUACACUCAGUCAGACGAAAUAUCGUUGGUUUUUCCUGCAACACCUGUAUCUGAUUCAGUGAUACCUGAGGAAGAUGAAGAUAAGGUCGACGAAACCGAAGGCGGGGAAGGCGGUUCAAACAAACGAAGACACAAAGCAUCCUCAAAAUUGAAGAAAAGCCAUAAUGUGCAACCCCAACAACACAUGUACAAUGGACGCCUCCAGAAACUUGCGUCUGUUCCGGCGUCCUACGCCGCCGCUCGCCUAAAUUACCACCUCAGCCGAGCCAACUGGGACGAUUUGAAGGAGCCUGUUCGGGAACGGAUGUUGGGCGGAGCGGCCUUCUUCGAUGGCCGAGUCGUGUCCAUACCGGACACCGAGACUGCUAUGGAGUGCAUUUUCUGGCGGUCGAAUUUCGACGGGUUCCGCAACUGCAUAUCAACCAUCGGCAAUGCAUACUUUUCACCGAAGGAGAUGCAUAAAAAGGGAAUGAAGGAGCAACUUCAGAUGCUGGCGACAAAAAACGUAUCGCCGUUCCGAGACUUUGCCCCGCGCCAUCUGUACGGCACAUGGGUAAAACGAGCGCAGUUCACGCUUCAUGGAUUUGUCAACCCAAAGACUGGAAAACCCGUCGGACCGGUUCUGCGAACCCGCGUGGUGAUAGGCUCUUUCAAUUGGGCGGAUUACACGCCGGAGCAGCGGGUAUCUUUCACUUUUGCGAAACUGUGGCCGGAUGACGGGCCUCCGAAGGACGCCAUACCUGAGAAACCAUCGGCCAACAGUUGA